AACAUUAUUCUUACAACAACCACUGAGGGGGCGCUACAUGAAACCGAGUUUUGAACAGAGGAAAUACAUCUCGACUGGGGGGACCUUUUUCGGCACAACACCGGGUCCUUUUAGUAGCUGGUACUUGACUUUCACCAGUACAUAACGUACUGGACGUGUUGUGACUCCUUUUAAAUCAUUUAUAGACUCGCUGAAUUUUAUUUACGUCAUCAAAAAUCAUGAAUUUCCUCAGAUUUCGCCUUUCCAUUGGUAACUUCCUAGGUCAGCGGUGCAGACAGGUCACUGAGACAUGGAAACACAGAGGGAUGUGCACUAAACCACAGGAGGCCAAAGCAGAGAUUGCAACCCCAUCACAUGCACCACGUCCUGCGUUCAAACUCCCAGGCUACAAACCCUCAUCAAUGGACAGGAAGUUCCUGCUCUGGACAGGACGUUUUAAGACCAAGGAACAGAUACCAGAGUUUGUGUCGUAUGAGAUGAUUGAUGGUGCCAGGAACAAAAUGAGAGUGAAAGUCUGCUACAUCAUGAUAGUAGCCACACUCGGGACCUGUAUGUUGAUGGUUACCCUGGGCAAACGGGCUGCUGCCAGGAACGAGACUCUGACAAGUAUGAAUCUGGAGAAAAAAGCCAGGUGGAGGGAGGAGCUACAAAAAGAGAAUGAAGCUGCUCUUGCAUUGUCUAAGAAGGUUCAGUGAUGGAAGACGAUGCAUAGCUAGUAGUGUCCCCCUUUCUAAUAUCACUUUUUCAGAGUUCUCCACUUGCAUCCUUUGAGCGAUACAAACAUAUUAGAGAUAGCAAUGGCACUUGGAAAAGAGACUUGAACACACAGCUAUGAAUCAUUUUAAAAGCCAAGGAGUGAACAUACUGUGCAGCAGUAAUAGCUUUUUUUUUUUUUUUUUUUUAGUGAGAACAUUUGGUUGUAUCAGAAGACUGGAAAUCUGAUACUGUGGUGCAGGUUUUAGGAUUUCAGUUCUCAGCAUUUACUACACAGCACAAUGAUUUUAAAACAAAUCAGUUGCACAGACCCAUCAGCUGGGAUCCUGUCAAUGUUUAAACUUUCACCACAAAACUCUCAAGCUCUCUGACAUAAUUGCCUUAUGUAACCCUGUUAUUAAAAUUUCCUUAGAGGAAAAAUAUAAGUUAUAUAUCUGUCUUGUGACGAGAGGGUUUCAAAUGCUUUUCAUCUUUCUAAAGAGAACAGGUGGUGGAUCAAGCUUAUAUAACCCAUGUGCACGAUGGUCUGUCCUGUCUUGAAACUUGUGAUUAGACCUGUUUGUUCAUAGUAAUGUGACUGUAUAAAGAGAGCACCAUAAAAAGAGGUCAAUAAAGUAAUGCUUCUAGACAGGUUG